AUGAAGAAAAGAUUAUUAGAUAAUUUAGCAGUUUAUCGAAGAUAUCUUUUCUACUUGACAGGUGGUCAUACUAUUCGUAAAGGCACGACUGUAAACGUGUUCAUACAUGGCAUACAUUUUGAUGCGAAUACAUUUCCUAAUCCGGAGAAAUUUGAUCCAGAAAGAUUUGCUGAGAGUUCGUUGACAACUGGAGAACGUUCACCAUUUGCUUUUAUCCCAUUUUCAGCGGGACCUCGCAAUUGUAUUGGACAACGUUUUGCUGGAUUAGAAGAACGAGUUGUUUUAUCAACAUUGUUCCGACGGUUUUCAUUCCAUUCUACUCAAACUAUAGAAGACAUUCGUUUAUCGAUAGAUGGUAUUCUUCGAACUGACGCUCCUAUCCAAAUGAUCAUCAAACGACGUUGA